AUCGUGGGAGCUCUUCAUACCUCCAGUUCACUCGGCCAAACAUCUCGCAUGCAGUCAAUUAUUCAGCCCAACAUAUGCACAAACCAUUGCAGCACCACUGGUCCGAUGUCAAGAGGAUUCUCCGUUACCUCAAUAGUACUUCUACCCAUGGCCUCUUCUUCAGCAACACUUCUCCAUUGCUUCUCUCAGGCUACUCUGACGCGGCAUGGGCAAACUCCAUUCCCGAUCGUCGAUCCACCACCGGAUAUGCUGUCUACAUCGGCUCUCAUCUCAUCUCCUGGUCAUCCCGCAAACAGCGCACAGUUGCACACUCAUCCACAGAAGCGGAAUACAAGGCCUUAGCCACUCUAGCUGCAUAGAUUGUUUGGAUCGAGUCACUUCUAACUGAGAUCGGCCAGCCACUUACCUCUCCUCCCAAGCUAUGGUGUGAUAAUCCAGGUGCAACAUACCUCACAGCCAACCCCGUCUUUCACGUGCGCAGCAAACACAUAGAAAUAGAAUUUCACUUCGUCUGCAAACGAGUAGAUGCUGGUCGCCUACUGGUUCGUUACAUCUCCACUGAAGAUCAAGUUGCUGAUCUCCUCACCAAGCCUCUACCUCGUCAGCGUUUUCUACAUUUCCGAGACAAGUUGAAGGUUAUUCACCAUCAACUUGCGGGGGUGUGUUAAGGAAGACCGGGUCUAAUGCCACUUUCUCCAUUAUCUCCACUCAGCAACCUUCUGUUAUUCUGUUCCUAAUAUUGCUCCCACUACUAGCACUGAUCUUGUAACUAUACUGUAUAAAUUGGUCAUUGAUUC